AAGCAUUGUUUAUAGUAAAAUUUUACUUUUUGUUUAUUGAUUGAAUGGAAUUACAACUUUUUCCAUAAAGAAUUUACUUGGAAAUGUAGAAACGUAGCCCUAACAGAUAUUUAAUACUACUUACUGCAUUUGGGUUUCGUUAGUUACAUAAUUAUUACAUUUUUCUUACAAAUGUGUCAUGGAUGAAAGAGUUCCCUUUUUUUAACAUAUUUAAUAAGUUUAAAUUAUCUUGAAUCCAGACAUCAAAUCUGCCAUACGCACUCUGAAUGGAUUAGCUUCACUAAAGUUGGCUUUAGAUCUUCUCAGGGAAACUAGGAUCAACGGAUAUCGUACUGAUAGAAUUGUGGUCAGAUCAUACGGACAUAAUUUUUUUUUUUUUUGCAGACUUGAUCAUAUUAUACAAUAAAAACAUUAUACAUUUGUGUAGGCUAAUGGAGUUUUCAUGAUUUAAGUUUAACUGAAAAGAAGAAACUUAUCAUGUCGAUUCUGUUUUGUUGUAGGUCAGUACCAUUGGGAAUGUAUGAAAACAUUUCCUGUUUGACUAUCUUUUAUAUCAAUCUAUAGGGGUGAUCAUUUUCUACUAGAUAUCGUUCACACCGUGCAUGGAUAUUUAAAGCAGAAGGUUGAUGAAGAACAGACAUGAUCAUAUCAUUUUCUAAGAUGGAUUGAUUAUCUAAGACCCGGUCUUAAAUGAGGAAACUUUACUUCACAAGAAGCCAUGCUCAUAAUUGAUCUACACAGAACCUUGGGAAAUAAAUACGCACAGAUAGCGAAACACUUACCAGGAAGAACAGAUAGUGCAAUCAAAAACUUCUGGAACUACAACAAGAAAAGGAAGCUUCUUCCUCAUGCCAACUCCUCUGGUCAUACUAUUGUUGCUAACCUUAGAAAUAACAAAAUUCAGGUUCCUGGAAGCAAUGAGCAAGAUGAAGAGGGUCACCGGAAGUGGUGGUGGUUGACCUGCAGAUGGGACCAAAUGGAAACACAGAAUGUUCAAGAUCCUACUCUUCUAACAAAGGGAAACCAUCAUCGGCCACCACCUAGGCUACAACCGCGCCUCCAUCUCCUCCAACAACUCCAACCUUGUCUCACCUACCUCCCACCACGACCGCCACCUCCACCCAACCGUUCUUUUCCGCCUUUUCUCGUCCAUCACUGCCAGGCUCCUCCGACAAGAUUCACAAGUUGGAUUUAUGGUUCACCGAAUGGCUCUGCCCCUCUUCGGCUAACCCAUUCACCUCCACCUCCUUGUCGUAGCAGUGCCAUCACUGCCAGCCACAAUCACCUCCAUGUCCCUUCCACCGUUAUUCCUACCCCGUAA